AUGAUGGGAUAUGUGUUGCUUUACGUUCCUAAUAUUAUCGGCUAUGCUCGACUGUGUUUACUUGCCCUGAGUAUCAGCACAUUUGAUACACCUGUUAUGUUUCUCAUCUUCUACAGUGUCUCUGCAAUCUUGGAUGGAUUUGAUGGAUAUGCUGCCCGAAAAUUGAACCAGAUGUCAGCGUUUGGAGCAUGGUUUGAUGUUAUUGUGGACUUAAUCAGCAGAGGAGCCCUAUGGUGCUUUAUAAGUAAGUGGGGCUACUUUGUCAUGGUGAUUGAAUGGAUGACAUUUGUUGCUACCCACAGUAGAGGGCCCAGUUGGAGGAUACCAGAGAAAGAUUUCCCAGUGAUAUGUCGGAAGGUGAUGGAGAAUGGGUUUAAAACUCCACUUGGGACUUAUGCUAUAACAGGCUUGCAUGUACUUCCUAUCUGGCUGUAUGGCUGCAUGAAGGAUGUCAUAGUUAUCUCCCUUGGACUGUCGCCAUGGAUUCAGCAUUUUGGUACACUAUUUCUGAUUGGUGGCAGACUUCUUUCAUUGAGAGUGGAGAUUUUUUUCAUUUCGAAGUACAUAGCAGUCCUCCUGUCUGAAGAUGAUGACAAGAUCUCCUGA